UGGCAAAGGCAAAAAAAGUCACCUCCAGUCAACAAACUAAAAGUUGUGUUUUUAGGCGAGGCUGGAAUAGAUACAGGGGCUCUCAGCAAGGAGUUUCUGACAGGUAUAAUUGCAGUAUAUGAAUGAAUACAUUAUAUUCAGCAAUUAUGUAGACCAUGGAUUUUCCACCUGUUUCUUGAGCCGUCCCAGAUAUGCACAUUUUGUAUGUCCCCCUUUUUUAAAACGGCUGAAUUAACUUGUCAGCUGAUUAUUAGAGUUUCUCUAUGACAUGAGCUGGGUUUCAAAUAGGAAGGGUUUAAAAACCCUGGUGUAGAUGUGCAAAUUAUUAUAAAUGUGCAGAACUGUAAUGAUAAUUUUUGUUUUGAAGAAAUGGUUGGAGGCAUCGAAAAGCGUUUCUUUGAGGGUGGAAGGCCAAAGUAUUCACUCACUGAUUUAGAUAAAGGUCAUUUCAAGACUGUAGGAGAGAUAAUGGCUGUCAGCGUAGCCCAAGGUGGUCCAGCUCCAAAUUUCCUGAUGCACUGGUGCUACAAGUUCCUAUGCAGUGGGUCUCUACAGUUUGAACGACUGAAUAGAAAUGAUCUGGGAGAUGGACAAUAUCAAGACCUUAUAGCACAGGUGGAAUCAGCCACAGAAGGUUCUAUUACAGACCUCAUGGAAGACAUCCUGAGCUGUGGAUAUAUUGGUAUUGUCAGUGUGGAGAAGAAGGAAGAAAUAAUCCGAGCUAUUACCCUUCAUGCAACAUUGAAGUUGGUCUCUAUGCUGCAGGAGAUAAGAAAGGGGUUUGAGCUGUAUGGCCUUGGUGAUGUAAUGACAAAACACCCAGAGAUAUGUCAGUCACUAUUUGUUCCAGGAACAGAAACAGAGGCUGAUGCAGACUUUGUCAUCUCCAUUUGCCAGGCUGAGUUCAGUGAGAAGGGGUCAUAUAGAGAACAGGUGGAGGUUGCCAUAAUGAAUCAUCUCCAAGACCUUCUCCAGGAGCUGGAGCAAAGUGACAGUGCUUCUGGUAUUGAGGCAGCUUCUCAGCCUUCCAUGAGUCCGAAGAGCUUCCUUCAGUGGGUCACAGGGCAGGGACACAUUCCCUAUCUGUCUCAGGAGAAGAAUCAGUUCAAAAUCACUGUGCAGUUCAACCAUAACUGUGAUGUCAAAUAUUGUGAGCACAGGAUCUGUUAUCCAACUGUAGCAGCAUGUAGCAAUACCAUUGUCCUACCAGUUAGACACAUGUUGACGUAUGAGGAUUUCAAAAUGGUAAUGAUGGAAGCCUUUUGUCUUGGCCAGGAAUUUCUCAGAAUAUAGCAACACAAGCUUGUCUAACUGUUCAACGUAAGGUUUCAGUUAAAUUUGUUAAAGUUGUGGUUGGUUGUUUCUUGCUUAACAUUUAAGGUUCAAGUUCCUGUAAAAUUUGGAUAAUAUGUGGACAUGUUAUUUCUUGGCCAGGAAUUUAUUAUUUAACAUUUUACUUAAUGUAAGGAGAAUAAAGAAAACGGUAUUAAAACAAACAGUAUUAGUUGUAUUCAUUAAAGUGUCACUGGAAAAUAUUACAGUG